GAGGCAGCGGACUCCCCGCAGGAGUGAUCGAAGGAUCCAGACAUCGAGAGCUUCCCUCGGGAAGGCUUCAGGAGCAGGAUUCCAGUUGCAUCCUUGAUACCGUUUCCUAGACUCUGCUCCAUGAUUUAAUGUGAAAUUCUGAAAUGAAGAUGGAGGAGGCAGUGGGAAAAGUUGAAGAACUCAUUGAGUCUGAAGUCCCACCAAAAACCUCUGAACAAGAGACAGCCAAGGAAGAAGAUGGAUCUGUAGAACUGGAAUCCCAAGUUCAGAAAGAUGGUGUAGCAGAUUCUACAGUUCUUUCUUCAAUGCCCUGCUUGUUGAUGGAACUGAGAAGGGACUCUUCUGAGUCUCAGUUAGCAUCCACAGAGAGCGACAAGCCGACAACUGGCCGAGUCUAUGAGAGUGACUCCUCUAAUCAUUGCAUGCUUUCCCCUUCCUCUAGUGGUCACCUUGCUGAUUCAGAUACUUUGUCUUCUGCAGAAGAGAAUGAACCCUCCCAAACAGAAACAGCAGUAGAAGGAGACCCUUCAGGAGUAUCUGGUGCCACAGUUGGGCGCAAGUCUAGGCGGUCCCGUUCUGAAAGUGAAACAUCUACUAUGGCUGCUAAGAAAAAUCGGCAAUCCAGCGAUAAACAGAAUGGCCGAGUUGCCAAAGUUAAAGGUCAUCGGAGCCAAAAGCACAAGGAGAGGAUCAGACUACUGAGGCAAAAGCGGGAGGCUGCUGCAAGGAAGAAGUACAAUCUGCUACAGGACAGUAGUACCAGUGAUAGUGACCUGACUUGUGACUCAAGCACAAGCUCAUCAGAUGAUGAUGAAGAGGUUUCAGGGAGCAGCAAGACAAUCACUGCAGAGAUACCAGGUCAUUUGGAUCCAGGAUUCCUAACAAGUGACAAGACAUCUGGCAAUGCACCACUUAAUGAAGAAAUUAAUAUUGCCUCUUCAGAUAGUGAAGUAGAGAUUGUGGGCGUUCAGGAACAUGCAAGGUGUGUUCAUCCUCGAGGAGGUGUGAUUCAGAGUGUUUCUUCAUGGAAGCAUGGCUCUAGCACACAGUAUGGCAACACCCGGCAGACACAGUCAUGGACUGCUGUGGCUCCUCAGCAGACUUGGGCUUCUCCAGCAGAAGUUGUUGACCUUACCUUGGAUGAGGAUAGCAGACGUAAAUACCUACUGUAAUACAAUGUCACUGUGUCUCCUCUGCACUGUUCCCUUUCACUUCCUCUUCUUCUUUGUGACAUGGAAGUUCAUUGUCAUAGCUUCAGCUUCAGAAGCUGUUUGUGGCAUUUGUAGAAUUGAAACUCAUGGAAUCCCUAUUCCCCUCCCUCCCUCCCUCUUUCUUCUUUAAAUUAAAAGAAGUCAUUUAGGAAAACAACUUACCACAAAAAAUAAUUUCUUUUUUCACUCAUUAAGAACAUAUAAUAAUUACUUUUUAUUAAACACCUUCAUUUUGUUUGGUGACUUUAAAAGGUCACCUUCCUUUUGAAAUAGUACUUUAAUUGCCAGGUAAAGUGUAUUUUAGUUUUUUAAUCUUGUAUUUAUUUUUUUCUGUAAUGACAAUAUCCAGAAUUGACCACUAUCUACCCGCUUCACAAUCACUCACCUUAGGGCAUUUGCACAUGUCAUUCAGGUCCAUAUGGGCACUUGUGGGGCAUGUAUACUUAAAAAUAGAACACAGAAGUGUUACAAUUCUUCUUUUUUUCUUUUAUCUUAAGUAUUCUGACUUCUUUCCUGACUUUGUACCUGGUUGACUUCCCAGAACACAAAUAAUUGGCUUGCCGUUUUUGAUUUCUAAUACUAGAAAGGUGACUUAGUUGGUCUCCUUGUUGCAAUAAUUCAUAAUAACUCUUUGGAAAAUGUCUCAUUUGGAGCAGAGGCAUUUUUGGAAAACCUACCAUGAGGUUUCCUAAGCAUCUGAAGAGAGGAUUGAGAAAUCAGUGGGAAAAUCUCUUUCCCUUAAGCUUUUCUCCCUGGUUUAUCCAAAUAACUGGAGAACAUAGAAAGCUAUUACUUAGGAAAACUAUGAAAAGUUAUGUGAUUUAUGAAGCUAUAGGCACUUGCAAAUGUGAGAGGAAAGUGCCUUGUUUCAUAGCUUGUCUCUCCAUAGAGUGUUUAACAACUGUUGAACUGGACCUGAUGCUGUAUUCGGACAUUUUUCUCCUCUAUCUUGUAAAAGUAUAUAUACUAUAAGAGAAAUCACAAUAUAACAUAAAAAGUCAGAUGCAAAGCACAUUAAUGGAACUGUAAGUCUUAUAGAUCUAAAAGGAAUAGCAAAAGGUAGUAGAAACUUCAGGGAAUUAAAGAAAUGCCAGCAUAGGAGUUUUGUGGCAUUAGUUGCUACCUUUUUUCCUGUGACAUGUUGUAGUUACUAGUGAAUUAUUUUAAAAGCAAUACCUAGAAUUAGACACUAUGUAUUCUGCACAGGGAGGAGUGAAGUAUUUAUUGGCUCAGAAGACUUCACCUUUUUUUUUUUUUUAAUGUUUGGGUUUGCUUUUUUUGUUCUUUGUUUCCAUUGUUACCAUAUGUCAUUGCUCUGGCCUUGUGCCUCUCUUCCCAAAUGCCUUGGUGGCUCUUCCUGAUCAUAAGAGUAUGAGAACUACUAUUUUCUGUUUCCAUUCAGUGAACACAUACUGACCAAGUGCCUGCUCUGCAUAAACACUAUGCAGGGUGGGCACUGUGGAGGCCGCUGAGAUGAAUGAGACACAGCCUUGCAUGUGCAUGCAUGAAAUUGCCUGGCUCUGCUUGCCUGGCCUUUUCUUCUUUUUCAUAGAUAGACAAGUUUAUUCUUUUCUGUUUCUUUUCUAUAUGUUGCUUCUUCCAUGGGGGAUGUAUUUGAGCAUGUGUUCCUUAAUCUUCUCUGACAGAAUCUCACUUGAUCUGGCCUCUGUUCUUCACUAGUGCUUCAUUUUUCCCUCUAUCUACUUCGAAUGAAUCAGGCAUACAAGGCCAUGUAUUAGCACAUCGUACAUCGUUCUCUCACAUGGCCACAAUCCUAGAUAGAAACCAAAGACCCAGAGGCCAGAGCAAAGCAGGACCUUCUUAAGAUUUACUAUUGGUAUAUCCUUGGGCCUUCACAACUUGAUUUAGGAUUAAUUUAUUGAGUUUUACUGUUACACGUACAUUGUUUUUUACUUGAAUUAAAAUACUCAACAAAGCAGAAAUGUAUAAUUUCUGGUCUGUGUUUUCCAGGAAAAUCAUUGGUAAGAGAGUAGAGUGUAUGACUUGAAGUUUUUGUAGUUUAUUUCUCAUCCCCCCUCAUCCCCACCCACCAAUAUCAGGGCAUAGCUCCAUUUUAAAGAAUGUUUUUGUAUUACCUAUUUUCAUGUUAAUCGUGUAUUUUGUCCAAUCCUAUGCAGUGGAUGAUUGCUCAUGACAUAUUUUCUUUAGUCCUUAGUAGUCACCCUCUGAAAACUUUUCAAUGUGCUUUGUGCACUGUGGAUUGGGGACAGAGUGGAGUUACAACUGAGCUCUUUUCUGGCCUUUUAAGCUUUCAUAUAAGGCACUUUUCCCUUCACUUCUUUUUCUAGUUCCCUGUCUAUCUGGCUUGAUGCACCAGAACAGAGAUUUAGGCAUUAAGAUAUGAAAAGAGAUGGGAUGCAAGGAGAUGUUAGAGACAGCUUUCUCCCAUCUUAUAUUGGGACUUGUUCGCCUAGUAACUAAAUGAGAGUAUGUUCCAACUCUUCUUUCAUUGCUGUACCCAGAAGAGAGCAAGAUGAUUUCAGGCAAAGUGUUAAUGAUAACAUUCUGUGAUAUACGUCUCCCAUAUUUGAAAUUUCUUUUCAAGGGAUUGCUUUCUUAGCCAAAGUUUCUUAUUUGGUAGCAUAAAGAACUAAUUAUGCUUCCAAAGAACAUUGUUCAAAAUAAUACUUCUGUGGUGCAUCUGGGUCAUAGAUUGGUUUAUGAUACCAACUUGGUUAAUUUUCCUCCCCAUCCAGUUUGAAAAAACAUCAUCAUUAUAACUGCCCUGUAACUUAAGGUUGCUGCUCUUCAGUUUUUUUUUUUUUUUAUUAUUUUGAUCAUAGGGGUCUGAUUAAAUAGACUCCAUUAUAUAUAACUGGGUAUCCCAUAAACUGCUUUGUCAUCAUUUGUGAACACGAACCACCUGACUUGUUAAUUUAGUCAUUUGUUCAUCUUUUAACAGAUUAGCAUCAAGGGUAACUUAAUGUUGCCUGCUUUUCAUACUGUGUCACAAGGUUCUUGAAAAAGCCUGGGACACACUUUUGUCUUUUUGUUUUAACCUUUUCUUUUUGAAGGCAGAGUUGAGCUCCCAUCCCUGUUCCCCAAGAUGUGUAUGAUGUGACUUCCAUGUAUAUAAAAGUGAUUGCACCCUAACCAAACUUCCUCCAAUUGUGCACUGUUUGUUUAAAAUAAUCACAUAUUUUAGUCCAGUACUGUUGUUAUUUUUUCCAUUUUAUUUAAAACACUACUUACUCUUUUUAACAAGUUUUAAAGGGUAGUGAUCUUAAAAAAAAUCACUGGAUAACUAGGAAUUUUUUUUUUUUUUUAAGAGCACAAAGGUUGUUGAACCUUUUGCUCCACUUACCAUGAACAUAAAAUGUCAGCCAUUGUAUGGCUAGGAACCAAUGCACUUGGUGGUUAACAGAUCUGCUGUUGCUGGCGUUUGAGUAUGAACUUGAUGCAGUGACGACAAAUCAUUGCGUAGAAGUAAUGUUUUCAAAAUGUGCAACUCUAGUUUUAAAAUGAAAUUUGGUUCUUUACAUUCAUUGUUUAGUUUUUGUUUCCAUUUAGUAUUUAAUGGUCUUUGGAG